GGCCCAGGUGACUCCUGGCCGGUCCCGCCUCCAGGCGGGAGAAACCAUCUCCUAAGGCGGGGGGAGGGACGGGGCCCAAGGCCUUCCACAACGGAAGAGGAAGUCUGAGGAACCGGCAGUACUGGGCAUUCUGGGUAAUUCUCUAUUUACUUCCUGCGUGUGAGACGACUGCCUCAGAAUACCUUGCUGUUCUGUUGAGAAGAUGGCCCUGGAGACGGUGCCGAAGGAUCUGCGGCAUCUGCGGGCUUGUUUGCUGUGUUCGCUGACUAUAGACCAGUUUGAAUAUGAUGGUUGUGACAAUUGUGAUGCAUACCUUCAGAUGAAGGGUAACCGAGAGAUGGUAUAUGACUGCACCAGCUCUUCCUUUGAUGGAAUCAUCGCAAUGAUGAGUCCAGAGGACAGCUGGGUCUCCAAGUGGCAGCGAGUCAGUAACUUCAAGCCGGGUGUAUAUGCAGUGUCGGUCACUGGUCGCCUGCCCCAAGGAAUUGUACGGGAGCUGAAAAGUCGUGGAGUGGCCUACAAAUCCAGAGACACGGCUAUAAAGACCUAGCAAGAUGCAUGGCUGCCAGCAUCUUUGCUCCCCACCUCCUGCCUCUGCUUAUUUUUUUGUUGUGGAACUAAAUGAGCAGAACCGCGGAUAUUCCCUACCCUCCAAUUCUGAGACUCGGCAGACAGACCCAGCAGAGCAGCACAGAUGUCCUUGGACCAUUUUACCUUCUUUGGACUACUGGUGGGGGUAGGAGUGGUCAGGGUUGGUGGGUUAACAGAGACUGAAGUCAGUGGGUAGUAAGAAGUCAGUGGCUAUGCCCUUGCCCAUGGAUAUGACUCUGGGUCAAAGCCAAUAAACGAAGCCCUAGGAAAGCCCACGACAGAUGCCUUGCCUCCCUCUUCCUUUUUCUUUGCUGGGCACAGUAAGAAACUCAUUUGUCCUGGAAGCACUUUGCCAGAGAGGCAUAGGCCCUUCUGUUCCCAUCACCUGUUGCUGAGCCUCCAGGCUUGUAGCCUUUCUAAGGUACUUCCUUGAAUCUUGUUGGAAGGUUCUUCUGAGUCUGGGCAACCCCAUCAGCUUUGGAGUUGCAGCCUUCUGGCCUCUAAGACCUGGCCAAGUAGGUAUCCCUUGAAGAACUACUGAGGCUUCUUGGUACUCUGCCUCUUGACCAUGUUUAAUACUUUAUGCCCCUUGUCUCGCCUCUUCUUUUUACUGAUCUUCCUACACCUUGGGCCAUGCCAUCCCUCUCCCACUUACCCUCAUUCCACCACAUUCCCCUGCCUGGAGACCCUCGGUGGCUGCUGGGUCUUGGUCUGGCUAGCUUGUGCCUCCAUAAGAUAUGGACCCCUCCCUUUCUCCUCUGCCCUAUUAGGGGGUCCUUGAGUGAUGUCAUGUUAUUGGCCAAGGUGAGUUAUUGUAUUGGAAUUAAAAAUUUACCAUAAAUUCUCAUUUGCUUAAAUUUCCACAGGAAAUCCUGUUAGUGUCCCCAUUUUGAUUUCCCUGUUUAUUCCCUAUCUGUAAAAUGAAAAUGAUUACAUUCUUUCUGCCUUUUUUACCUCAAGAUUGGUUGUGACAAUAUACAAAAUUUUAUAAAUUCAAUUUUAUAAGAGG